AUGAAAAUACAGAACCAAACUAUUCUUUCAGAGUUCAUCAUCCUUGGCUUUCAAAACCUCCAGGAACUGCAAUACUUGCUCUUCAGUGUAUUUCUGACUAUCUAUUUAUUCACAAUGCUGUGGAAUACUUCCAUUAUCACUAUAGCAAUUUUGGAUCAGAAUCUCAGAACCCCCAUGUAUUUUUUUCUGGGGAACCUGUCUUUCCUUGACAUCUGUUACACCAGCACCACAAUUCCACAGAUGCUGAAUCUUAUCCUCAAAGACAGAAAUAGCAUUUCUUACACAGCCUGUGUUCUCCAAUUGUACUUUUUCUUCUCCUUUGUAGGGACAGAAUGCCUUCUUCUGGCAGUAAUGGCUUUGGAUCGCUAUGUUGCUAUUUGCAAUCCUUUGCACUACUCAUUAUUUAUGAGAAGAUGGGUCUGCUUCCAACUAGCUAUAGCUUGCUGGAUUGGAGGUUUUCUUAACUCUGCAAUACAUACUUAUUUUGCCUUUCAGUUACCUUUUUGUGGAGAUAAUUUCCUAGAGGCCUGCUCCUCUCAUCUUACAGUGGUUCUACUUUAUUAUGGCAGUUGCAUUUUCACCUAUUUGAGACCUGUUUCUUCCCAGUCUUCUGUUAAUACCAAGUUGAUCCCACUAAUGUACAGCAUCUUGACUCCAUUACUAAACCCUGUUAUAUAUACUUUGCGUAACAAGGAUGUAAAGAAUGCUUGGAGAAGUAUAAUGGGAAAGAUUUAA